UCUUGGAAAUAUUUCAAACCAUUCGAAAGUAAUCUUCGUUUCCAAUUCACAUUCCGGGAUCAUAUCAAAAAGCAGGCGGAAUACUCGUUGAGAUCCAUUCUGGAAAGUUAUCGUCAUUACAAAAAACUUGAAAAUCCAUUCAAAACAUUUAUAGGCAUUCACGUGAGAAGAGGAGAUUAUGCCAAAUAUUUUCCGCCAAAUAAAACAUCAGUGAUCAAUCUACCUACGUCAUCAUAUUUUGAAAGAGCAAAAGAUUAUUUCCGAACUCGACAUUCGUCUCCCGUAUUUGUGGUGUGUAGCGAUGAUAUUGAUUGGUGUGAGAACAAUAUUAGUCCAGAAGAAACGGUGUUCAUCCAGGGUAACACGCCGGAAGUAGAUUUAGCUAUAUUGGGCAGCUUAAACCACACCAUAACAUCAUUUGGAACU